AUGACUGAAGAAAUUACAAUUCAUAAUACCAAAUUAACUAGUAAUAUAUGGUAUUAUAUGAAUCUUAGAAUUGUUCCUCAACCAGAUAUACCACUUACAAAUAAUAAUAAUACAAACUUAGAAGAAUCAUUUAAUAAAAUUAAAAUUGAUCCAAGUAUAUGGAAAUCAUUAAUUUUGAAAAGUAUGAAUAAAUUAUAUGGAUUAAUUGGUGAAUCAAUUCCAUUUGAAAUAUUAUCACAAACCACAACCACUACAACCACAACUACUCAUGAUAAUUCAAUAAUUAUAAAGAUUUAUAAACAAGAUUAUGAAAAGUUCAAUAAUGGAUUAUUUAGUUAUAUAUUUAGCUUAAAUGAUUAUUAUGGGAUUGAUAUAAAUUGUUAUAUAAAAAUUGAAAAACUGGGUGAAUUUUUAGGAUUAGUGAUAUAA